AUUGAUUUCACCGAGAACGCUCAAAGACGAUGAGAACGCCCUCGACAGGACCACCGGAGGUGCAGGAGCAGCCGCCCGGACGGCAGACGUGGUGCGUUGUGCCGUUACCUGUCUGUCGGACCCCCCCGGUGCCUCCGGGAGCCCCCGGUACCCGCCGGUUCCCGCUGAGCGCCCGGGCGGACCCGCCGCCCGCCAGCCGGAACCCGAUGCCCGGGCCCGGGUUGUCCCCUGUAAUAGAGUCCCCCGGCGGAGCGCGGCCCGGAGCCCUGCGGGGGUGACACCGGGCGCCCCGCUCUCCCCGCCGGUCCUUCCCCGGGGUGUCCGCGGGCCAUGAGGGCUCGCCCCGGGCUGGAGGCGGCCGGGGGCGGUGGCGGCGGCGAGAUGUCGGCUGCGGGCGGCGAGCGGGAGCGGCAGGAGCGGCUGCGGGAGGCGGCGGCGCUGGGGGACGCGGAGGAGGUGCGGCGGCUGGUGGAGCUGGGGGUCAGCCUCAACUCCCAGAACGAAGUCAACGGCUGGACCUGUUUGCACUGGGCGUGUAAACGGAACCAUGCUCCAGUGGUGGCUUACCUGCUGCACGCCGGCGCCGACAAGGAGAUCCUCACCAAGAAAGGAGAGAGGCCGGCCCAGUUAACGUCAAAGAGGGAGAUAAGGAAGAUGUUGGGAGUGGAAGAUGAUGAACUCUCAGACUUAACGAAAGAUUCAGAUCUGCCCAUCAUCCCUAAUUACCUGGCUAACCCACCUUUCCCGUACGUCUAUAACACCAUGAGCAGCAGUAUUCCAGAUCCCUCUGUGAACGGGAGUCUCUCACACUCGGAACCGCAAGGUACCGACUCUUCUUCCUUACCGGACGCGGAGGCUCGCCCACGUGCAGCGUUACAGCGCGGGACUGCUGCUCCCGAGGCGGCUGGGAAGGGUGACGUGCCAUCGCUGCCACCAGGCGUGACGCCUGUCCUUCAGAGAGGUCCCCUUUACCAGGGAGCCGUGUCGUGGAGCAGGGGUCCCCCUUCGCCGGCUGGAUCGAAUCAGCCUGUACCUCCGCAAGAGAAUGGCUCCUGCGCGGGGCCCGUGCCGGCAUUUCAGCCCGUUUUCUUCACAGGAGCUUUCCCACUUAAUAUGCAAGAACUGGUGCUUAAAGUUAGAAUUCAAAACCCUAAUCUUAGAGAAAAUGACUUCAUUGAAAUUGAACUGGACAGACAAGAACUGACCUAUAAGGAACUGCUCCGAGUGAGUUGCCGUGAGCUGGGUGUUAACCCUGAGCAUGUACAGAAGAUCAGAAAAUUACCAAAUACAAUGUUAAGAAAGGACAAAGAUGUCGCGAGGCUACAGGAUUUCCAAGAACUGGAGCUUGUUCUAACAGUAAGCGAGAAAAACUUACUUUUCAGAGUCCCAACACUUUCUGAUCGGAGUGGUUAUAACAAGAAGGCAUCAGAACUUACAUAUUAAUUGUUGAAAGAAUAAAACAAAAUAUUUGUAUCUCUCAUUUUAAAAUUACGUUUGAAAUGCAGUACUGUAAGGGCUAAUGAUGUAAAAAAAAAAAUAAUCUAUUUUGUUAACCUUGAAAUAAACUAAAGUUGUUAUGCAGAGUUACAGCCUCUAGUUAAUCUAAGAGUAAUGAGUCUGAUGUGAAAGUAGCGUAAUGCAAAGGAAUUAUUGGUAGAAGUAUCUGUUAAUGAAACACUUUUCCUUACAAAAAGAUAAUCUUGAAAUACUGCAGAGUUAGCAGCUCUCAGGGAAAGUCUUACCUUAAACUGUUCUAAUAAAUUGUUUUGCUAUAAAAUAGCAGAGGUACUCAAGCUAAAGAACCUGCCAUGAAACCCAUUUAAUAUUUGUACUGAGUCCAUUACCAUUAACCUUCACUUUUUAGAUCGUGUAUUUUCAGUCAUAUCUUAUUUAGAAGGAAAAAAACCAGAAGGGUUAAAAUUUGUGGAAGAAGCACAAAACUAUGUCUAGUUUGAAUACUGUCAAGUGACUUACUACCUGUGAUUUCUUAAUCCCUGUUUACACUUUUCCCUAUUUCUCAGGUUGAAAAUAAGAAGUGAUAGUAAUUAUCCAAAUCAUAAGUAUGCUUUCAGCCAAAAUCCCUUUUAUUGUUGUCUGUCAAUAUAUAGUAUUGACAUAUGCAAUUUAAAAUACUAUUUUUGUUACUGUAUCGACAACAGUUCUCCAAUGCUGCUUUAAUUUCCCCUUUUAAAAGCACAAAAACUGUAAUUUUGUAAUUUUAUUUUCCUUUUACUUCUACAUUCCUGAGAAAAAUCGCCUCUUGAACCUUUAAAGUUGCCUGUGUAAAAAGAAACUAGUGAAAAACCCAGGCUUUUCUGGGCCGAUAUUAAAUCUUUAUGUUCCUAUGCAAUGUAUUUUAUUUUUUUUUCCCCCGAUGACUUGUGAUUACCCAUGUUGUUUACUGAAAAAAAAAAAAAUCGUUCUUCCUGUUACUUAAAAGUCAGAAUUAGAUUACUUUGCUAUGAAAUUGUGGAAUAAAUAAAGUGAAAAGUAUUUAAGAGCCGGAUUUUAUCUGAUUUUUUAGGAUUUUAGUAUUUACUCAUUCAUUUGCAUUUGAGGCCGAGUUCUAUUCUGGUAGCCCAACUGUAGAAGUGCGUGCUAUGAAUUAGAUGAAGAAACUAAAGUACGAGAUGUAACAGGCAAACAGAACAUACCAAACGGGACCGAAUUUCCCUCUGUUUCUUCGUCUUCCCCCCAGUUUCUUUGGAAGCUAGAGCAGCCAGAGGGUUGGAGUGCCUUCUUGUCUAAGGCUUCCCGGCCCCAGUUAGCUGCGCAGGGCGCGCGGCCCCGUAGACGGGCUCCAUAGCAGCAGCGCUGAGCAGGGAGCACCCAAACUAGCUGGAGACAACGCUGAGGCGAGGACAUGGUGAGCUCUUGCCGCUCCGGAUGCCUUCCCCUGCGCGGCAUUGGGGCUCCACCGCAGCCCCGUGGCCUUCCUCGGAGGCUGCGGCGGGUAGCGAAGUUCACGCUUCCCCUGCGGUCAGAGCAGUCGCCUGUACUACAGCUCGUACAACGGGAACUGGUCCCAAAUUUACGCCUGCUCUCUCUCUCUCAUCCAGUGACUAGUGCUUUGAGCAAAGGGAAGCAGCUUCAGCAGGAGUGACUGAGCACACAAGAGGGAGCCCUCUCCCACUCUGCCUUGUACUCGGAUGUCCAGUGUUCACCUGGAGGCGCAGAUCCAUGCAAACACCCAAAUUUCCUGUGUGCCCAUUAACAACACUGCAGCUCAGUCUCCUACGGCUAGUAGUAGAGCAUUUUUGUCACAACAAAAUACCCUCUUCUGAAAAGCGCUGGAGGUCAAACGUGGUCUGCGUCAUUGGCAAUACCUAUUUUUAUACCAAAUUGCUGGUGGUGUAUUAACUUCUGUAUAAAGGACUAACAAACCUGUUCCUCAUCUCGCGCUCCCUGGCACACGGAGAGGUGGGGUUUAGGAUGGGCUGUCUCACCGCCAGCACAAUCCCUGCGGGCACCGGGAUUACCCACUCAGACCUGCGGGAGGAAAGCUCCGCUGUCGGGCUGACGACUUCGUUACACCGAUUACCUUGCACAGAUGCUGGUCGCUGCCUGCAUUCCGAGGAGUAUUUUUAUACCUUGUGCAGUUUAUACAUAGAAGAUACUGUUAACACAGCUAACAAUCUGAUCAGUGUAUAAUCAUGACAUUACUGCGUAUGAUAAGUAAUUCAUUACUUUGCGCCCUGCUAUAUGAAAUGUUAACGUCAAAUGAAUGCUCAGCUGCAGAUUCUCGUUUCUAUUUAAGA